CCGGUUCCGGCGGUGUUCCGCCGUCUGGGCAGCGCUGCCCAUGCUGUGGCCUCUGUGCCUCGCCCUGGCAGCCGCGGCGGCGGCCGCGGGCGGGGCCGGGCAGCCGAGCGCCGAGCGCAGCGCGGUGUGGGGGCCCGGGCUGCGGGCCCAGGCGGCGCUCCCCGCACGGUACUUCUUCGUGCAGGCCGUGGACGCCGAGGGGCAGAGGUUCACUUCGUCACCAGGUGAAAAUGCAUUCCAGGUGAAGAUCACUGCUCCUGAUGAACAGUUCACUCGGGUUGGUGUGCAAGUGUUAGACAGGAAAGAUGGUUCCUUCCUCGUGAGAUACAGGAUGUACGCGAGCUACCAGAACCUGAAGAUAGAAGUCAAAACUGGAGAUAAACAUGUCGCACAGUCUCCAUAUGUUUUAAAAGGACCUGUUUACCAUGAAAACUGUGACUGCCCUCAGGAGGACAGCAGUGCUUGGCUGGAAGAGAUGAACUGCCCUCAAACCAUGCCACAGAUUCAAAGAGACCUAGCAAAUUUUCCCACUGUUGAUCCAGAUAAGAUUGCAAAAGAAAUUCCACAGAGGUUUGGACAAAGACAGAGUUUGUGUCACUACACCAUCAGAGAUAACGAGGUUUAUAUAAAGACAUAUGGGGAACAUGUUGGCUUCAGAAUUUUCAUGGAUGCCAUACUGCUUUCUUUGACAAGAAAAGUGAAAAUGCCAGAUGUAGAAUUUUUUGUUAAUUUGGGGGACUGGCCUCUGGAGAAAAAGAAGUCCCCACAGAACCUGCACCCCAUCUUCUCGUGGUGUGGGUCCAGUGAGUCAAAAGAUAUCGUUAUGCCAACAUAUGACUUAACAGACUCAGUUUUGGAGAGUAUGGGACGAGUCAGUCUGGAUAUGAUGUCAGUUCAAGCAAACACUGGCCCAUCGUGGGAAGACAAGAAUACCACAGCAUUCUGGAGAGGACGUGACAGCCGCAAAGAGAGGCUUGAGCUUGUAAAACUCAGCAGAAAAUAUCCAGAGAUCAUAGAUGCUGCUUUCACAAACUUUUUUUUCUUUAAACAUGAUGAAAGCCUCUAUGGCCCUAUUGUUAAGCACAUUUCAUUUUUUGAUUUUUUUAAGGUAAGUCACUAACCAUUUUUCAUAGAACUAGGUUUCCCAUUAUCGAAUAACUUAGUAUGUAUUAUUAAUAAUAAAGUGGUUUUUAGUUUUUCAGGACAACACCAGUAACAAGCAUGAAUAGACAUCCCUCCAGGGAGAUUAACUGCUAUGUAGCUCUUACACUGAAGAUGAUAAUGUCUGAUUUACAUCUAAAGGUUCUAUAGAACCUUAUGUAAUCUAUAUAACUUCAAGUUCCUUUUUAUUUCUUUUUCCUGAUUCAGCGAUCAGGACUACUAACAUAACUAACAUAGUGGGAAAAUCGGUGGAUGAAGUGGCACAUCUACCCUCACAUCAGAGGAUGAGCGUCUAAGAAUUCCCGGAGAACUUAACUGAUGAAGAGGGCAGCUCUGUGUACCCUGCACUGUGAUGAAUUCCAAACUAAAUAAUAAAAGCUACUUAGACAUUGAUGCUUGCCUAGCCAGUCCUACAUGUCUCAAUAUCGGCAAGUCAGUAACACCAGUGCCCUCAGAAUAAUAUAAUCUAACCAAGCCACUGGGAUCUUGUGUUUGUUAAUAACGUAUGGUCCUUUUCUUUCCAGUAUAAAUAUCAAAUUAAUAUUGAUGGCACAGUGGCAGCAUACAGAUUGCCUUAUCUACUAGCAGGAAACAGUGUGGUGCUAAAGCAAGACUCCAUAUACUAUGAGCAUUUUU